GGCUUUCAGUUUCUUGCAGUAAGUGAGAGAAAAUGAGCCAACAACAUUAAAAUAUCAAUAUGGUCAUUUCGGAUGUGGUAUAACACCAGUUAACUACUGUUUUAAAAAAAUGCAUUUACAUUUCGAAAGGACCGUAAAUGCUAAAAGUGAUUGUCCUAUUUUAUCCUUAACAUGGAUGGGAAAGGUUCCUGAUGAAUUGCCAGAGGAUGAAGGAUGGAAACUUAAUAGAACAAAUUACUACCAAGAAGGAUGGUUAGCUACAAGCAAUGUAAGAGGAAUAGUCGGAGUUACUUUUACCACUAGCCACUGCAAGAAAAAUGUGGAUUAUCCACUUCGGACUAAUUAUAAUCUUAGAGGACAUCGAUCAGAGGUGAUCCUAGUUAGGUGGAACGAGCCCUACCAGAAGUUAGCGUCAUGUGAUAGCUUCGGUAUUAUUUAUAUUUGGAUUAAAUACGAAGGGCGAUGGUCAAUAGAACUUAUCAACGACCGGAACACGCCCGUUACGCAUUUUUCUUGGUCUCAUGAUGGUCGAAUGGCUCUAAUAUGUUACCAGGAUGGAUACGUACUUGUCGGUUCAGUGGCAGGUCAAAGAUAUUGGUCGUCCAUGUUGAACUUAGAUUCGACGAUAACCUGCGGUAUUUGGACUCCGGAUGAUCAACAAGUGUAUUUUGGUACAACUUCGGGGCAGAUAAUAGUCAUGGACGUCCACGGCGCGAUGGUGUCUCAAGUACAACUAAAUUCCGAUAUAAGUAUAACGUUUAUGGCGUGGUCUUGCGAGAAAUUCAAAAUGGAAGAAGGUGAUGAUAAUAAUGGAGGGGUUAUGAACUCAGCUGACAGAAAAUUUGUUCUGGCAGUGGCUUUACAAAAUGGUUUCAUAUAUCUACUGUCAACAUUCGAUGACGUGUCUCCUAUACAAGUUAACACGAAACUUCAAGGGCCUUUGUGUAUUGAAUGGAGUAAUUCUCGAGAAUUUUUAGCAGUAGCCGGUGUAUCGUCCGAAAAAAAAUUAAUGGGAGGAAUAGAAUAUACAAAUAUUUUAAAGUUUUAUAAUGAGAAAGGUCAACUUCUGUAUGCAACUGUUUUACCAGAUAAACAGGCUAGAGUAUCGACUCUUACAUGGGGUCAUAACGAUAAGAGACUUUUCCUAGCGACUGGUACUCAAAUUCACAUCGCUUGGAUUUCCAAAAGGAUAGCGUCCUUACAACUACUCUGUAGACUCAGAAUUCACGAUUUAAUUAAAAAUGAGGCUCAGUUAUUAUAUUUACCUUUACCUGCUCGUUUGGGGAAUAUAAUCGGUAAUCUGUUCGCUCAAACUAUAAGGUGUUGCGUACCGGAACCAUCCGCUUUAAGAGAAUUCGUUUCCCGUCCACCUAUCGGAUCGGUUCGGUUGCAUUGUACCAUGAUCCGACACGACGAAGAAAAUAAUCUUUCUUCGGGUAUUUGUUACACUUUGUAUUUGGAAUAUUUGGGAGGAUUGGUGCCGCUACUCAAAGGCAAAAGAACCAGCAAAAUUAGACCAGAGUUUGUGAUAUUUGAUCCGCAAGAAGAUUAUUUGCCGCAAUCGUCGGAAUCCAAAAGUUCUUCGUCAAGUAAUUCGGCGAGUACUUGCGGCGCUCUUAGCGAUACCUCGGAUAGCGAUAGAGAAGACGGUUGCACCGGUUCGCCUAGGAUGCAGAGAAAAAGGAAACGGAAACAUAAAAAUCAUCUCAAUUACAAUUACCAUUCGUAUCAAAGAACAGAACAAGAAACUGAGCACGAUGAUUUGUCUUACGUCGAUACAUUACCAGAACAAAACCGUCUAGUAGAAGUAACAUCUAAUAUUUGGGGCACUAAAUUUAAAAUACACGGCCUGACAAACUCCGUUCCUAGCAAUUUGGGUCAAGUAACGUACAAAACGUCUCUGCUACAUCUUCAGCCACGUCAAAUGACUUUAGUUAUGACUGAAUUGAGCGACGAUUUUCCCAUAGUUCCCGAUCCGACGUUCAAUCCCAAUUUGUUUUCCGAAGACGAGGACGAAACCGGUUUGUUGGAGGAAUUGAAGAGAGACGACGCGUUCGAUAAUUGUCCUCCCAUAGCGCCGAUAUCGUCGAGAAGGCCUUUUAUCGGCAAACAGAAAUAUCCUUAUUUACCUCAAGAAUCGUCAACUAAAUCAGAUACGUCGAAAAUAAUCAUAGAAAAAAAUAACGACGAAAAAAUUAAUUCGAAUAUACCAUGUAGCGUAAGUAACGACAUCCGUCCUCAAAAUUUGAGAGCCUCAAAUAAUAAUAAUAAUGUGCAGCUCAAUUUACGUCCAAACAGUUCUCAAAACACCAGUUUCAUCGGGCAGUUUAUACAAAAUGGAGGCGCUAAUUGUAGCAAUCAACGCCACGCCAUAUCUCCAAUUUGUUGCGAGGUAUCCCUUCCCGCCCUCCAAUCGCCGAAAAACGCCGUUGCUCCUAGUGAUAUUAUGUUCGAUCGACCACCAGCUUCGACGCUUUUGUCCUAUUCAUCGACUGAUUAUGGUAAUUCGAAUGGUUUACAAGUCAAAUCGUUUUCGGAACAUAAAAGUGACGCGUCCGUCAAUCAUAGCUACGUCAGUGAAAAUCCUAAGCACGUUUUCGUUAAAAAAGUUGAAGAAAUCGAUCUAAAGCAAGUAGGUAACUGUAGUAAGCAGCAAUUUACGGUAAACGAAGACGAAAAAGGACCUUCGACGUCGACUAAAGGUCCUGUACCAACAUCCACGUAUUUGUUGGAUCCCAUGGUUAGAAGUUGUAGCGUUGGAUUUUUGGAUAUGGUCGAACGCCAACUCGUCCCUAGCGACGAAUCACUAUCACUAUUACGCAAAGAUAUACCGAAACGUUUGGUUUUGGUGGAUAAAAAGGGGAAAACCAAAAAAUCGACAAAAGCGAAUUCGAAAAACGUCGAUGUGAGUUAUAAAUUGAAAUCGUACGGGAAAUCGAAGAGCCUAGACUCCAGCGACAUCUUUCCGCAUAGCGACAGUCCGCUAACUUCCGUUAUAAAAAAGAAGGAGAAAGCUAUACCGGAAAUUGAAACGGCGGACGAAUCGAAUACGGAAAGUGGCAACAGCGGGACGCAAUUGGAGGAAGAACAAGUCAAAUGUAAUAACAAGAUAAAUAAUAGGAAGGAUUUUUUUUCGUCGCCGUUGAUUAGAAGGAAAAAGAGUGACGAUAAAGUUAAUCGGGGAAGAAAUAACCAGAAGAAAAUUAACGUCAAUCAAAAUAAGGGUGGCGAAAAAAACGGAUUGUCCAUUCAUUCGCAAGCGUUGGCCAAUUUGGAAAAAUUGAUCACUAGAUUACGAGAAGACGAUAGUAAAUCUAGUACUUGCUCUCCGAAACUACCCAGAAGUUCACCGGCGUCACCUGCCCCCACUAAAAAAGGUAUGAGGCCUCAAUCUGCGUCGCCGAUUAGAAAGAAAUUUCUAAAUUCGCCAUUAUUAGGAAGAAAAAACAGAAAAAAUAAAUAUCAAGAAAGUUCGGACGAUGAAAUAAAUGCAUCCGGCGAUGAAAUAUUCAACGGUACCAAUUAUAAGGAUUUGGAAACUUUUCAAAAAUCGCAGCUAUUACAAAAGUUGAAAAGGGGUAAAAUCGAACCGAACGGUAGUAGUUGUAAUACACAAAUUAUUCAACAAAGACGCGAAUUUGUUAUGCACAAUAAAGCGCCAAUGUGGAACGAGAAUAACCAGGUGUAUCAGUUGGAUUUUGGCGGGAGGGUCACUCAAGAAUCUGCUAAGAAUUUUCAAAUCGAAUUCAGGGGAAAACAGGUUAUGCAGUUUGGUCGAAUAGAUGGAAACGCCUACACGCUAGAUUUUCAGUAUCCGUUUUCUGCCCUACAAGCGUUCGCGGUCGCUUUAGCUAAUGUUACACAAAGACUUAAAUGAAUUGUUUUUUGUUUUUUAACGUGCCAAUGUUCGAUACGUUUUUAUUUAAACUUGAAAAAAAAAACUGUUUGUUUCUAUAAUCGAUUAUUUCUAUUGAAAGAAAAUUUAUAUAUUUUAUACAUGUUUUAGACAAGUUGUGUUUUUAAUGCUGUCGUGUGAUUUUUAAUUGAUAUUUUUAUUCUAUUUGAAUGUUAUUAUUAUAUCGCUAAUAAAACGUUUCAUAUUA